AUGGGCUCCUCGGUCCCUCCUAACCACCAGACACCCUCCGAACACCCUCCUAACCACCAGACACCCUCCGAACACCCUCCUAACCACCAGACACCCUCCGAACACCCUCCUAACCACCAGACACCCUCCUCGGUCCCUCCUAACCACCAGACACCCUCCGAACACCCUCCUAACCACCAGACACCCUCCGAACACCCUCCUAACCACCAGACACCCUCCGAACACCCUCCUAACCACCAGACACCCUCCGAACACCCUCCUAACCACCAGACACCCUCCUCGGUCCCUCCUAACCACCAGACACCCUCCUCGGUCCCUCCUAACCACCAAACACCCUCCGAACACCCUCCUAACCACCAGACACCCUCCGAACACCCUCCUAACCACCAGACACCCUCCUCGGUCCCUCCUAACCACCAGACACCCUCCGAACACCCUCAUAACCACCAGACACCCUCCGAACACCCUCCUAACCACCAGACACCCUCCUCGGUCCCUCCUAACCACCAGACACCCUCCGAACACCCUCCUAACCACCAGACACCCUCCGAACACCCUCCUAACCACCAGACACCCUCCGAACACCCUUCUAACCAGCGGAUUGGGCUCAAACCAAUGGAGGUCUCUUCAGCAGCAAAGAUGCCCGUUGGCGGUGCGCUGCAGACGGAAGACGGGCUCCAGAAGUAG